CCAUCAACCGAUUCUGCAUUCGUCCGGCCCAGGCCAUUCGGCGUCUGAUUCACACCCUCGGGCUUUUCAAACGUGUGAUUCGCUGUCUCACAUCUCACAUGCUGGUAUAUUAGAACACGGUAUCCUGCCAAAUCCGAUUCCCUACUUCGGUGUCCUUUUCUGUCGAAUCCUCCAUCGCCGUUGCUGGUCCAUCUGGAGCCUUUGGAGUCCCUGUGUUCUCGAACGAUUUUCUGUAGCCACGACUCACUACUACCGAGACAUCACCAUAAGCCAUCACGAUGGAGUACCAACAGCAGCCUCAGAUGCAGCCGCAGCCGCAGCAGCAGGAGCACUUUGACCAGCACCAACACCAGCAGCCGAUCCAACAGGAAUACGUCCAGGGCGCCAAUGUCCAGACCCAGGAAUGGCAGUCCAACCUCAUGAACUGCGGGCCCUGCGAUACGUGCAUCGUGGGAACUUGUCUCCCCUGCAUGCUCCUCGGCAAGACGUCGGAGCGCCUGCGCGACCCCACCAUGCAGACCUACGAGGCCAUCAACACGGACUGCCUGCUCAUGUGCGGUAUCACCUGGUUCACCGGCUGCGGCUGGGUCUACGCCAUGAUGAAGCGCGGCGAGAUCCGCGAGCGCUUCGGUAUCAAGGGCUCCGGCUUCUCGGACUGCUGCGUCACAUAUUGGUGCUCCUGCUGCGCCCUCAUCCAGCAGGACAAGGAGGUCCAGGCCCGCAUGUCGACGGGGCCCAUCGUCCAGGGCUACCAGCCGCAGAAGGAGGGCAUGCACAUGCCGCAGCACAACUAAGACCUCGAAGGGGAACUCUGCCGCGAGGGGAGCUGUUUUUUUGUUUAGGGAAAAGAAAUACGAAACGAGGUUGUUGGAGCUGUGACGGCAUUUCUUUUGUCUCUUCUUCUAACUGGAUUUGUGUAUGAACGGUGGUAUACCCGUGGUGAGAAUGGGGGGCUUGAGAGCCGCCGAGUCGAUCGACGACGAGGUAGAAGCGGCUGGCAAACAUGGCCUCGAACAGGCUAAUAGUAAUUUUCUUUCGUCGC